AUGCGAACGCCUGUCGACGCCGGCAGCCACUCCAGGCAUCAGUCGCUGGAUCGACUUGCUGAAGGCUUCAAUGAGCAAUCACCUCUGUUGAGCAGCAACAGUAGCGCCGAUGGAGAUGCUCUUCUAGGGAGGAAUGCGAACCGCGGUGAUGAAGAUGAUAGGCAGAGCACCAAGAGCAUCUGGUACCUGAUAUUACUGACCAUCAGUAUUGGUGGUCUUCAGAUCGCAUGGUCCGUUGAGCUAUCCAAUGGAUCACCAUAUCUGCUCUCUCUGGGACUUAGCAAGUCCUUGAUGGCUCUGGUCUGGAUUGCUGGCCCCUUGACUGGAACACUGGUUCAACCCUAUGUCGGCAUGCUGAGUGACAGCUGCCGGCUGCCAUGGGGAAAGAGGAAGCCCUUUAUGGUGGGCGGUACUGUCGCUACCGUCAUUUCCCUCAUGUUUCUUGCCUGGGCGAAAGAAAUUGUUGCUGGCUCCCUUGGCAUCUUUGGCGCGGAUCCCGAGUCCCAAGGAGUAAAGAUUACGACUAUUGUGGUUGCUGUGAUUGGAGUAUAUGUUCUCGACUUUGCCAUCAACACCGUCCAGGCAGCCAUCCGCGCCUUUAUCGUCGACUGCGCACCUGCUCAUCAACAAGAGGCUGCCAAUGCCAUGGCUAGCCGGAUCACGGGCAUUGGCAAUAUUGUGGGAUAUAUUGCUGGGUACAUCGAUCUACCAAAGCAUAUUGGCUUCCUCGGAAAGACACAGUUCCAGGUCCUCUGCGCCAUUGCGAGCGUUCUCCUUAGCUUGACCAUCUUCAUCAGCACCACCAUCAUCAAGGAGCGAGACCCUAGGCUCGAGGGACCACCCAAGAAGGACCGGCCCAACGUCAUCUCGUUCUUCUUCACCAUCUUCACGUCCAUAAAGCGACUCCCGCUUCAGAUCAAGAGGGUAUGCGAGGUUCAGUUCUUUGCCUGGGUCGGCUUCUUCCCGCUGCUGUUCUACACGUCGUCGUACAUCGGGGAGAUCUACGUUGAACCAUACCUCGAUGAGAACCCUCACAUGACUCCGGCCGAGCUCGACAAGCUUUAUGAACAGGCGACACGUAUCGGUACCUUUGCCCUUCUCGUGAACUCGAUCGUGAGCCUGCUCACCAACGUCUUCCUCCCAUUCUUCAUUGCUCCGACGUACGACAGUCGGCCCAUAACCGCCCCUGGAGAGUCGAGCGCCGUGAGUCUUUAUGACGAAGAAGACGAACGUCCCUCGUGGUUGAGCAAACUGAGGAUCCCCGGCUUCACCCUGAAGCGGGCUUGGUUCUUGUCGCUUAUUCUGUUUGCUGGAUCCAUGUUCUGCACCGUGCUUGUACGAACCGUCGCGGCGGCUACCACGUUGAUCGGUCUUGUCGGCAUCACGUGGGCGAUGACACUGUGGGCUCCAUGGGCCAUCAUCAGCGCCGAGAUCAGCCGCCGAGAUGCCAUGAUUCGUGCCCAGAAACUCCGGACACUUGCCCCUGGGACUAGCGGUGAAGCCUCGUCAGCGGCCGCUCGUAGCCCUUCGAACGACAGCGCAGCAUCAAGCAACGAUGCGGAAGAGGAAGAGGUGGAUCAAGCGGGAGUCAUCCUCGGCAUCCACAACAUGGCGAUUGCAGCACCCCAAAUCAUUGCGACAGUUGGCUCCAGUAUCAUCUUUAAGAUCUGGCAGAAGCCACGUGGCACGCCAGGGGACCAUAGCAUCUCUAUUGUGCUAGCGCUCGGUGGCGCCUGUGUAUUGGUGUCGUCGUUCUUCGUGGCCAAGAUAAAGGAUGACACCUCGUUGCCUGCUGACGCCGUUCUCGAAGCCGAGCAGGGCCACGGUGGAUUGGAGGACGCAAACCGGCCGAGGCCACUUUCAAGGCGCAAGUCUAGCUAUGAGCAGCUUCCAAGGGCAAGCCAAGACCGAGCCACGUUGACGAGGAACAAGAGCUUUGGCGGGGCGGAGAUGAGCUAG